GAGGGGAGUGUACUGAGUGUAUGGAUGAGUUGUGAGAUAGGGGUGUGCACAUUGCUGCUGCUGCUGCCUCAGUCUCCAGCCGUGUGUGCAUUAUUGUAGAAGGGACUGAACGCCUGGGCUGCUGCUGCUGCUGCUGAGAAGAAAGGGAAACAUGUCCCAGUCUGGGCUUAUUGUUCUGGAGCCAUGAUGCAGACCCCUCUUGCACCUUCCCAGCCCCCAUGUAACCCAGCUUGGUCGUAAUGCUCUUAGACCUCCGCUGGCACCAAGAACAUGGAUGACAAGUCCAACAAACUGGUGCUGGCCCUGGUGAUAGUCUUUCUGUUCGCAGUGAUCGUCCUGCAGUAUGUGUGCCCGGGCACGGAGUGCCAGCAGCUGAGGUUGCAAGCCUUCAGCUCGUCUCUGGUGGACCCCUACUGGGCAGAAGAUGACAGCCCCAGCAAAUUCCUCCCCAGGUUCAAUUUCACCGUGGACGACUUGCUAAGGAAGGUGGACUUUAAUAUCAACGGGGACGACCUGAUUGUCUUCCUGCACAUCCAGAAGACCGGGGGCACUACGUUUGGCCGCCACCUGGUCAGGAACAUCCACCUGGAGCAGCCCUGCGAGUGCAAGGCAGGCCAGAAGAAGUGUACCUGCCACAGACCGGGCAAGAAGGAGACCUGGCUCUUCUCCAGGUUCUCUACUGGAUGGAGCUGUGGGCUGCACGCAGACUGGACGGAGCUGACCAACUGUGUCCCAGCUGUGGUGGACAACAAAAAGGAGAUCAAGCUGAGACCUCUGAGGAAUUUUUACUACAUAACCAUCCUUCGUGAUCCCGUUUCUCGAUAUCUGAGUGAAUGGCGACAUGUUCAGAGAGGAGCUACAUGGAAAGCUUCUCUGCAUGUAUGUGAUGGAAGAUCCCCAACUUCUGAUGAGCUGCCUAGUUGUUACACUGGAGAUGAUUGGUCAGGCUGCUCAUUGAAAGAGUUCAUGGAUUGCCCAUACAACCUGGCCAAUAACAGACAAGUCCGCAUGUUGUCUGACCUGAGUUUGGUUGGAUGUUAUAACCUGUCUGUUAUGCCAGAGGAUCAACGGAACAAGGUUCUCCUAGAUAGCGCCAAAGAAAACCUAAAACGUAUGGCUUUCUUUGGUCUCACAGAAUUCCAGAGGAAGACUCAGUAUCUCUUUGAAAAGACUUUCAACAUGAACUUCAUCUCACCGUUCACUCAGUUCAACAGCACGAGGGCCUCUAGCGUGGAGAUAGACGAUCAAACACAGAAGCGUAUAGAGACAUUGAAUUUUCUAGACAUGGAGUUAUAUGAAUAUGCAAAAGACCUUUUCUUACAAAGAUACCAAUUCAUGAGACAAAAAGAACACCAGGAAGCACGGCGGAAGCGUCAAGAACAACGUAAAAUCUUACGUGCCAAACACGCUAAUCACAAACUGGAGAUGGACAACUCAACCUCUGAUUACAUAGGAAAUGUGGAAAAAUGGCGGUAGUAGAUUUUACAGGCUUAGUCUACUGUGUGAACUGUACACUGACAUCUAAAAAAACUAAAGGAAAAUAAACUAAAAAAAAAAAUAUAUAGGGGAUGGUCUAUUUCACAAGAUUUAAAGAUUUGAAUAGACUUGGAGCCGGAUAUGUUUAUCAGUUGCCUUUGCAGAUGCCUUUGCAUUACUUGUAAUUGUUGUACAUGGGGAUAGUUUAAUCUUGGUGUGUUUUAGUUAUGACAGGUUGUAAAACUAAUGAGCGUCUCUAGCUAUAGACCUGCUUAUAUCUCAAAAGAGCGUCAAGCAAAUAUGGAAUCCAAUAUUAAUUUUAACUAAUUAGAAUGCCCAUACAGCUAAACUUUACGCUCUGUCUUGGUUUAGAGAACCAGAACCAACAUUGUAGGUCUUAAAAAAAAUCUUACAUCUGUCUACUCUCAGAAGGCAAAUUUGAUUCUGUAUUUAUUUCAAAUUAACAUUUUUUAACCUAUUGCUAUUCAUUAGACUAAUUUACGUUUUCAUGCAGAGUAGAAUUAUCUACACUUUAUUCUUCAAUCACCAUAAAAUCUAUUUAGUCUAAAGAAGAUUGAAGAUUCUAUGAAACAACUGAUGUUACAAUAACUGUAUGGCCAGCUAAACUGUCUCCAGAUUGGUAAUGACUGAUUUGGCUAUGUUGUGCCCAGAUAGGUAAUGGUGUAUGGAUGGCUAUGUUAAGCUCAGAUAGGUAAUGGUGUAUGGAUGGCUAUGGUAUGCUCAGAUAGGUAAUGGUGUCUUUAUGGCUAUGUUAUGCUCAGAUAGGUAAUGGUGUAUGGCUGGCUAUGUUAAGCUCAGAUAGGUAAUGGUGUAUGGCUGGCUAUGUUAUGCUCAGAUAGGUAAUGGUGUAUGGCUGGCUAUGUUAUGCCCAGAUACUGUAGGUAAUGGUGUAUGGCUUGCUAUGUUAUGCCCAGAUAGGUAAUGCUGUAUGGAUGGCUGUGUUAUACCCAGGGAGGGUAUGGCUGGCUAUGUUAAGCUCAGAUAAGUUAUGGUGUAUGGCUGGCUGUGUUAUGCCCAGAUACUGUAGGUAGUGGUGUAUGGCUGGCUAUGUUAUGCCCAGAUACUGUAUGUAAUGGUGUAUGGCUGGCUAUGUUAUGCCCAGAUAGGUAAUGGUGAAUGGCUGGCUAUGUUAUGCCCAGAUACUGUAGGUAAUGGUGUAUGGCUGGCUAUGUUAUGCCCAGAUGGCUGGCUAUGUUAUGCUCAGAUAGGUAAUGGUGUAUGGAUGGCUAUGUUAAGCUCAGAUAGGUAAUGGUGUAUGGCUGGCUAUGUUAUGCUCAGAUAGGUAAUGGUGUAUGGAUGGCUAUGUUAUGACCAGAUAGGUUAUGGUGUAUGGCUGGCUUUGUUAAACUCAGAAAAGUAAUGGUGUAUGGCUGGCUGUGUUAUACCCAGAUACUGUAGGUAAUGGUGUAUGACUGGCUAUGUUAUGCCCAGAUACUGUAGGUAAUGGUGUAUGUCUGGCUAUGUUAUGCCCAGAUAGGUAAUGGUGUAUGGAUAGCUGUGUUAUACCCAGGUAGGGUAUGGCUGGCUAUGUUAAGCUCAGCUAAGUAAUGGUGUAUGGCUGGCUGUGUUAUGCCCAGAUACUGUAGGUAAUGGUGUAUGGCUGGCUAUGUUAUGCCCAGAUAGGUAAUGCUGUAUGGAUGGCUGUGUUAUACUCAGGUAGGUAAUGGUGUAUGGCUGGCUAUGUUAUGCCCAGAUACUGUAGGUAAUGGUGUAAGGCUGGCUAUGUUAUGCCCAGAUACUGUAUGUAAUGGUGUAUGGCUGGCUAUGUUAUGCCCAGAUAGGUAAUGGUGUAUGGCUGGCUAUGUUAUGCCCAGGGAGGGUAUGGCUGGCUAUGUUAAGCUCAGAUAAGUAAUGGUGUAUGGCUGGCUGUGUUAUGCCCAGAUACUGUAGGUAAUGGUGUAUGGCUGGCUAUGUUAUGCCCAGAUACUGUAUGUAAUGGUGUAUGGCUGGCUAUGUUAUGCCCAGAUAGGUAAUGGUGUAUGGCUGGCUAUGUUAUGCCCAGAUACUGUAGGUAAUGGGUGUAUGGCUGGCUAUGUUAUGCCCAGAUGGCUGGCUAUGUUAUGCUCAGAUAGGUAAUGGUGUAUGGAUGGCUAUGUUAAGCUCAGAUAGGUAAUGGUGUAUGGCUGGCUAUGUUAUGCUCAGAUAGGUAAUGGUGUAUGGAUGGCUAUGUUAUGACCAGAUAGGUUAUGGUGUAUGGCUGGCUUUGUUAAACUCAGAAAAGUAAUGGUGUAUGGCUGGCUGUGUUAUACCCAGAUACUGUAGGUAAUGGUGUAUGGCUGGCUAUGUUAUGCCCAGAUACUGUAGGUAAUGGUGUAUGUCUGGCUAUGUUAUGCCCAGAUAGGUAAUGCUGUAUGGAUGGCUGUGUUAUACCCAGGUAGGGUAUGGCUGGCUAUGUUAAGCUCAGCUAAGUAAUGGUGUAUGGCUGGCUGUGUUAUGCCCAGAUACUGUAGGUAAUGGUGUAUGGCUGGCUAUGUUAUUCCCAGAUAGGUAAUGCUGUAUGGAUGGCUGUGUUAUACUCAGGUAGGUAAUGGUGUAUGGCUGGCUAUGUUAUGCCCAGAUACUGUAGGUAAUGGUGUAAGGCUGGCUAUGUUAUGCCCAGAUACUGUAUGUAAUGGUGUAUGGCUGGCUAUGUUAUGCCAAGAUAGGUAAUGGUGUAUGGAUGGCUAUGUUAUGCCCAGGUAAGUGGAUUGAGACGUCACACAAUUGCGUGCAUGUUGUCUCAACUUUUCUUACAAGAUAUGUAAUGUGUAACUUUGCCCCAAGUGAUGUGUAAUACCAAUGCAGAUUUCACUUAUUUAAUACAGUUAGGUAAACAUUGCACACUUUACUUUAUUAUAAUUCAAGAACCUACCUGUACAUUUAUCUGACUCAGAAGGUCAAGUCUAAUAAUGAAAUAAGACAGGGCUGACCUACUCAAGAUACCUUGCUGUCUCAAGCAUUUAUAUGGCUACCAUCUGCCGUUAGAACCCCAUAACCUCUAAUGAAUAUCAUCAUUCUCUAGCAGUCAUGAGCCGCAUGUAAUGGCUUGUGAGACAGCCAGAGCUCCGAGGCUUUGGCCAAACUCGGAUGUUUUUUUAAAGCAGCAAACAUAGAUGUAUGAUCCUGGCACACAUCAUGCCGGUAUGGCCCUACCCGCUUUGCCUCUUUACCAAGGCAAAGCAGGAAGCACUAGUUGAAACUCCCCCUUCCCGGCAAUCCCUGCCAGGCCCCCAGCAGCGCAUUAGGACUGGUGAGCUGUGUCUUUCUCCUUGCUGGAUCACUGAGCAUGCGCAAGAGCUCACAUGCAGCCUAGAGCCGGCAGCUGACGCAGCCAGGGACAGAGCUGUCCCUGCUGUGGUGAAUGGGCAACGACACCUGCAGCGGUCAAAUUGAUAGCUGCAAGUGUCGGAAUGGUCAGUGCCAAUGAUCAUAAAUACAUUGCCCAGCGUAUCAACGCAAUCAAUCUUCAGGAUAGCAAAACCGAUAAUGACAGGGGGCAUAGCGCCUCUGCCAUUAGAUGGUAAUUACUGCAGUCAUACAUGGGGGACAAGCGGAAUCAGUGCACAUACUGGGACAGAUGUAUUAAGCCUGGAGAAGUGAUAAGUGCAAGGUGAUAAUGCACCAGCCAAUCAGCUCCUGUCAAUUUACAUAUUGGAGCUGAGUGGCUGGCGCGUUAUCACCUUGCACUUAUCACUGCUUUAUCACUUCUUUAUGCCUUCUCCAGGCUUAAUACAUCUGCCCUACUGUGUGCUGAUACCACUUCUCCCCCACAACGAGUGUUCAUACCUCUACCCCAGAGGGUCUUGUAAUACAGGCAAUGUGCUAAGGCUGAUUGCAGAAUCACUGGGGACACAUCUUACACAAGCUAGUGACAACAUAAUUAUCAUUUACAAUAUCUGACAAAGCUCUUUGAAAAAAGCCCAAUUAGUUAAUACAUUUCUUUUCUUCAGUCUCUAUACGAUAGUAGUUAUACAGAGACUGCAUAUGGAAACAUCAAUGUGUUCCCAUUGCCUACACAUUGUGGAGACAUCCGCCGCGUGUUGGCAACAGGGUACAGAUCAAUUACUAUGUCAGACGUAGAGGACAUAAUUGUUACAAAUGUAAAUGUACAGUGUAAAUUAUGAAAAUGGCCAUACUGUAUAUAUGAACCUAUGGUAUGCAGUUACAGUGACUGACAGAAGAACCUGCCGAGAUGUGAGUGUUGGAUCCAUACGUAACAUUAAGGCAGGCAGAGAGGAAGAAGAGAACAGCAGGAAUAAAGAUGAACUCCAUGUAAUGAUGAUCUUUAUUGCUGAACUGGAAUUAUCAACUACGUGCAUUGAAAUAAACAACUUCAUUUGUUUCUUAAA